AUCCAGAUGCACAACGAAACACACCCUAACACGAGGGAUAACAAGAAGUCAUUUUUCCGCACUCUGGAGGCCGUGAAGGACUUCCUGGGUCACAACGACAGGGUGAUUGAUGUCCUCAAGUUGGACAUCGAGUUUGCUGAGUGGGACUUCUUUGAGAGUCUGUUCCGUUCGCCCGAGAAGUCGAGGAUUCUGCAGGAUGUCAGACAGAUUGCGCUGGAGAUCCACUUGGACGACCUGAAGCAUGAAUCCGCAGCUACGCGAGUGCGAGGUGGACGGCGUGUGGAGCAAAUCCUGGAGACACUGAAGGCACACGGAUUCCACCUCGUCCACACGGAGCUCAACACGGCCUUUCAGGUGUUUGCGGACGUUCGAGGUGAAGUCCUUCCGUUGUUCAGGGAAUCUCUUUAUGUGCGGCGUCCCUGAGGUCCCUGUAUAAGAGAGAGAGAGAGAGAGAGAGAGAGAGAGAGAGAGAGAGAGAGAGAGAGAGAGAGAGAGAGAGAGAGAGAGAGAGAGAGAGAGAGAGUAAGAAAGAAAAAAAGGAGAAGGGUUCGAUACUAAUCAAAAAUACCCAUCAACUUUUUCUCAAACAUACCUGUACAUAUGGAAGCCGAUAGUUCUAGAAUUAAGGAAAUGAUUAAUAACAGACACAUAUUCCCUGAGUCCUAUUUUCAGACUCUAAAAGGGGAAAGAUGACCUAACUUAUACCAAAAUAUAAAGGUUGAAUGAAUUAUAA